GGACAGCGGUUCGUACAAACCUCAUCUAUCUUGAACUAGGCCGACAUUUGUGCCCUUCGUCGCUUAAUAUGGCCACCAAAUCACACUAUUUCACUACCUGUGAUGGAAAACUGCUUACACUUUCUUGGGGAGGACGAGGAAAUAACGAUCUUUCUGAAAUAAGAGGUACUUUUUACAACUUUGAUCCUGCAACUUGCAGGUUUUGUGGUGACGCGGAAAGUGGCUCUCCUGUAUAUAUUUCAUAUAACCCUGGAGUGAAUUUUGAUGUUCUGAAAGUUGGCAAGGUUAAAGAAAUUUCAACAGGACAAAACAUAAACUGCAUUCUUCUUCAAAGAUCAGAGAGGAAAGUAAACCAGGGGCACGUUUAUUAUGUGAUUACAACAAGUGAAAGCAACUUCAUUUGCAUCAGAAAGUUUUCUGACAAACAAAAUCUCUCUCAGCUGCUUUUGUUAAACUCAGAGGAAUUACAGUUAUUUGAUGGACCAAAUGUGCUAUGGAUUGAAGGCCUAACUGUAUGUUUUACACAUAAUUACCCAAAUUCAACAAAUACUGUUGUCUGUAAAGUGGAUUUACCUGUACACGUUUCAGCACUUUUGGAGUUUAAGUGGGCUUCAUUGAUCCCUGACUCAUGGGAUUCACAGGUGUACAUUCUUUGCAAGACCCAGAGCAGUGUUAAAGAGCAUGAAAGGAUGGAUCAGGACAUUUCUGAUAGUGACAGUGAAGACGACUGUUUUAAAUUUUAUGGCUUUAUCAUCAAGAAAAAUGGUGCUGCCUUUUCUAGAAGUGUGGAAGACAAAGUUAGUUUUGUUGUAGAACAAACCCCAACAAACUUAUUUCCAGACAUAUAUGCAGACAUAAUAUGCUGUAUGACAGUGCAGCACUUAAGCACUCCCAAAAGGGCAAGUCUGUCAGAAUUGUCAGCAGAGUAUAUAACCCAGACACAUGCCCAGUCUUCAGAUAUGGACACUAGUUAUUCUGCAAAUACUUUCAGUUCAGAUGCUUUUGCUUGCACAACUCAUGGUCAGCUGCUGCAGUUUCAAAAUGGACUUGUCCACAGAUGCAUCCAAAUGCCUUUUAAUGAUGCUGUUGAUGUGAAAGUGGUUGAGACCAUGGGUGGUCAGUGUUAUGUGAUAGUGGCUUCUGCAACUGGACAGUUGAUUGUCUACGAUGAGCUUCAUUUAAAGCAGGUAGAUUUGUUCCAAGAUGUCAAGAAAGUUUUGGUGGAUGAUUUUAUUGGAUGUGGCUCAGACCAAGUAUUGCUGGUGUACAACAAUGCAGAUGGUACAGAGGGCAUGGUCACUCAGUUCCUGCUGACAGAUUUUUGCCUGCAUAAAUUUGAUUCUGAACAGGUGAAUGCAGAUAUUGAAGUGCCCUGCACUGAUCAUGAGGAAAAUCUCCAAAGAACUGCACAGGCUCUGGAAGCCAGAUUGCAGGCUGGCCUGUCAGCAGUAAGGGAGGCAGAAUAUUUGUGCAGGAAGAAGCAGAGUUUGAUAGAACGCACAUGCCAGAAUAUAGAGAAUAUGAAUCUGGGUAGAAAAGUGCCAAUCACUUGUGAACCACAUCUUGUACAUCUGGUGGGUCCAGUAAGGGAAGCUGAUCAUGGUGAUAAUACAGGUACCAGUUCCUCUGGUUUGACCAAAGGCUAUCAGUGUCUAGACACCCUUGAAGUGAGGGAUACCUGGCAGAGAUUGGUUCAUGAGAAGUGGGUGAUUGGUGUUGAUCUGGAAAAUGUGUCAGAAAUUGAUUGCUGUGACAUCUGGAUUUCUAUUGUCCCUUGUGCCAGUAGUAAUGUGCAGCACAUGGAAUCUCAUGCCAAAGUCCAAGCUUUAUCAUCAAAGAGAGAGAAAUUAAAUCACCAUAAUUUUGAUGGAGGCUCAAUUCCAGAAAAGAGACUGAAAUCUCAGAUGGAUUCAAAGAAAUCCAAACAGUGUCUUGUUCAUGGGGAAGAGAUUAGUGUUGCUGCUUGGGCAGAAAUUCCACAAUUUGGUGUCAACCCCCAAGUCAGUUGUAACUUGAUUCUCCAUUGGUCAGAGAGUGAUCAUGGUAACCAUGGUGCUGACCCAGUUAGGAAGUCAUUCAUGAGAAUCUGUGGUCAGGUGACACUAAGUUUUCAAAAUGUUGCUGACAUUGGCAAUGACAAAUUUUAUGUCAGAAUGAGAGAGAAAGAUCUGAAAAAACUUUCAGAUACUGAAAUCUCCAGAAACAUCUUAGCUUUAGACGUAGUGCAAGAAACUUUUCCUCUUCAGUUUAAGUCUACUGUCUCCAGUCUUGCUAAUCUGCCAUCUUGGAUCCAAAAAUCUGGUCUGGUAUAUGUAGCAUAUUUAGAAAGCUAUGCUGGGGACGCCGAGGGACCUUUUCAUCAUAUAAGGGUCAGGGUUGUGCAUCUGGAGAGGCACAGAGCUACAGUGGAAGUAAAUGCAUGGGAUCAAAAUCAGCUGCUGCUUCUAGUCCAUACCCUGUAUGGGCAUCUCCCAGAUGAUGUUAUUAUCUUACCAUAUCACCAUGGUGACACCAAAAGGGUUGCCAUGGAAACUGUGCUUCAUCACAUGACAACAGAGCAGGCCAAAAUUAGGGAGUCUUUCAUGCAGCUUAUAAAGGAUGCUGAGAAAGAAAAGAGUCAGAAAUCUGCAGUUUCACAACAGGUUGAAUUGACAAGUGAAGGACUCGAUGAAAAAAUGGAUAUUAGUGACAAAGAUCCUGCUAAAGUUCGUGAUGAAUUUCAAAGACAGCAAAAACAUACAAUGGGCAGUGGUUCUGGUGAAAUUGUUGUUGAUGGGGAAAAAUAUUUAGAGGCUAUGAAAGGCAUCCUCGAUUUGCAGAUGUUAACUGACCAUGCAAUGUGUUCUUACACAGAAAAAUAAUCAUUUGAUUUAAUUGUUUGAUUUAAUUGUUUAAAUGUAUAUAUCUAGUUAAUUGACAUAUGAACAUUUGAACACGUUGAUAUUUUAUCCAUUUUAAGAAUCUUUUUUACUAUUUUGAAGAUCUUUGUAUAUUUGUGAAAAGAUACAUUAAAGAUAUGUUGGUUUACUGA